CCGGGACCAGCCCGGUCUGCGGCUGCAGCCGUGUCAAACAACUUCCAACUGACAACAGCUUACAGGGAAAAGAUGGCGACCCGAGUCCUUCAGAGAGUGGGCAACGGCCUCAAACAGACGAAAAAUGGGCUCCAGGCGAACGGACAGGUCACGGUUGUCGUAAGGAGCCUGUCAGCUUACCGUGAAGAUAGCUGGUUCAAGUCUCUCUUUGUUAGAAAGGUCGACCCAAGAAAAGAUGCUCACUCUCAUCUGCUCGCCAAGAAAGAAGACAACAAUCUGUACAAAAUACAGUUUCACAAUGUCAAACCUGAAUGCCUUGAUGCUUACAAUGAACUUUGUGAGGACGUCUUGCCUUCCAUUCACGCUGACCCUGAAUACCCUUGUGAGCUUGUGGGCACCUGGAACACAUGGUACGGAGAGCAGGAUCAGGCAGUUCACCUGUGGAGAUAUCGGGGAGGAUACCCGGCUCUCACCGAAGUCAUGAACAAACUCAGGCAGAAUAAGGAGUUUAUGGACUACAGGAGAGAGAGGGGGAAGAUGCUGCUGUCUCGUAGGAACCAGCUGCUGCUGGAGUUCAGUUUCUGGAACGAACCUGUGCCUCGUUCAGGACCCAACAUCUAUGAGCUCCGAUCAUACCAACUCAGGCCAGGAACGAUGAUCGAGUGGGGAAAUUACUGGGCGCGUGCUAUUGAGAUUCGCCAGCAGAACCACGAGGCAGUGGGAGGCUUUUUCUCACAGAUAGGAAGUCUGUACACGGUUCAUCACUUAUGGGCUUACAAAGACCUUCAGUCCAGAGAAGACACCAGAAAUGCAGCCUGGCAGCGUGAAGGCUGGGAUGAGGUUGUUUAUUACACAGUCCCUCUUAUUCAGCACAUGGAAUCUAGAAUAAUGAUUCCCAUGAAGACUUCUCCCUUGAAGUAACCACAAACACUGGGAGAACAGCCUCUGCAACUGUCACACUGUUCUGUAGAGAGUGUACUGCCAGGGUUGUCGGCAUAACAUCAACAUGUUGUUUCAGUUUUUGUUUCUUUUUUUCUUUGUUUCUUUUACUCUGGUUCUCUGUGUGGGCAUAGAAUGUCUUAUUUCAGAUGAUGCAGUUAAAUUGAUUAUCACCAAAACUGUAUCUGUUACAGCGGCUACUGUGUUACUGAUCCACUAAUGCACUGUGUGUAGACAAAAAUAUAAUUUGACACACUCCUCCUCUUCACUGUCUCUAUCAUUAAAAAAAAAAGGCUUUCAUCUGUUAAAGUGUUGAGAUACCAGGAAGAAAUGUAAAUCAAACCUUGAGCAGUUCUAGUGCUGGUCACAGGGGCUGAAAAUGUCUUACAGUCUUUCCAAAAAAUGUGUUUCACGAGAAAACUUGCCAUGACUUGUGAGCCCCGUUGCACUACAGACCAAGCAAAAGGUAACUGCCUCCAGUAUCUCACAACAAAAACACCGUGCCCAGAGCUCACACUACCCUAUCGAUAUAAAUUGGAUGAGCGUCUUUAAAUGUUACAGGGAAUGGUCAGUUUUUACAAAGAGGAGUGUGCUGUUUACAAAUCAGUGUUUUGUAAUUGACAGUGAAGCUGACUGUCAGAGACAGUGGCUUGUGUUGUAGGGCCUCAGUCAAACUUUAGCUUUAUAUUUAGUAAAAGCUGACCAGACAUCCACUCCUGCUCUAAAUGCGACUUUAUGUUUACAUGGCUUUGAUCCAGCCAGCUGCACCAGUCAUUUGUUUCAAAGUCAGCUGGAUGGAUGAAAGGAUUCCUAAUGAUGCUGUUGUGAAGGCACAGCACAGAGUGUCAGACUAGUCAGAACAGGAGGCUUGACUUUGAUUUAGAGCACAGUCUUUUCAUUUCGGCUGGAUACACAAAGCUAGUGUCCAGUUGUUGGGGUGAAGUUGUGCUGAAUCAAGAGCCAUUUUCCCCGUUUGUGUCACCACUGUUAAACCGACCACAUCUCCAGAUUCUUUUCUAACUUUAGCAUCAUGACACUUUGGCUCUUUCAGCUGUGGAGAGGGGGACAGGGUUAUUAAAAUGAUUAGAAAAUAUUUUUGGUUUCAGCAGAACUAAUCAAUAUCUACAGUACAAAAUUCUGUACACUGACUGGUUUGGCCAAUUCCUAUAUCAAGUAACAAAUUAAUGCCAAGCAGAUGAUUGUGUGCUGAGAUUAAUGUUUUUUUCUUUUUUUAAUGGUCAGAUCGUAGAUAUAUAUGGUAGGCUUAUUGACCAAGCCAGAGAUUAUGGUCAAUCUUGUAUUUGUAAAUGAAGUGGGAUAUUCUAAACUAUCUUAUGAUGAUAAACAAGUGGACAGGGGAUGAGUAAUAUCUCAGUGUGGUAAAUGUGAAAUGCAGUGCUUUAAGAAGAUUAGUUGUACAUAUUGAAUUAAACUUCUGAUGGAAAUGUAAAA